AUGGAUAUGACUGAAGAUGUGGAAGAAGAGCUCGAAGAGUUCUCAAGGCUCAGACGAAUUGGGCACUUCAAGGCGGCAAGGCGAUAUUUCGAGGAGCAUCUCGAAAGCUGCAUCGACAACGCGUACGUCUUGGAUCAGUAUAGUCAAUUCUUGUUGGAGAUUUCAGACGUUCAUACGCUCACCAAGUUGGCGAGGGAGUAUCCUGCAGGAGAUGGACAGAAGGCCGUAUCCGCCAACUGGGUUUUUAUCUGCAAGCGAGCCCUUCAAUUUGACGAUGAUGCGUGUGCGCAAAAUAUAUGGCGAAAGACGCCAGACCUUCGGAAAUUGCUUAGAAACUGGCCAAAACUGGACUCUACUGAACUGCAAUGUCUCACCAACAAUCUGCGUGUUGUCAAAACUAGUCUCGAAGCCAGCACAGAGGAAUAUACUGCAGAAGAAUAUGGCCAGCUUUAUGCACAUCUCCAGCAUGAAGACCGAAUUUGGGACUUUAGAGACCUGUGCUACGGGCUCCUGGCCGUCAAGUCGCUAGAGGGAACGAUUCAUUGCCUUUUCAAUAAGUAUUUGACCACCGAUAACGAGAACGCAGAAGAUGUUAUCCAGGUUGUUCAACAUCACUGGGAAAUUGCUGCUGGAGAUGAAGUGACAUCUCUAGCUUUGCUGGAUAUCUUCACAUUGUUCACCAUGUGGGCCUUGGACGCUGCCAGCACUUAUUAUGAUGACGAUUCAGCGGACAACUCUGAGGAGCUUCAGACCGCCAAAAUGUACUUAAAAGUAGCCCACCACUACGCCACUGAAGUCCUGCGCCAGAACCCUCUCAAUCUGAAGUCUCGACCUUACCUCCAGUGGGUUAUUGCCAAAGUCCUUGUGGAGAGGAACACCGAUGCGGCGGCCAGCUGGGGACAAGACGCUCUUACGCGGUAUCUGUCCAAUCUACGAGGGGAAGCCCAGGUCAGCACAGGGGCGUUUCGUGGAAUGCUUUCUUUUCAAGACCUUAUUUAUUACACGCCAAAUCAAGACGAGGCUCCCAAUUGGAAGCCGGGCUCUUCCAUCUCCUUUACCCCCGAGCAGGAGAAGGCGAUCCACAUGGUUGCAAGAAAUGCGAGAGAGCUUGGCGAUGUUCUCUUGGAAGCAGCUUGCUUACAGCAGCUUGGGUACUCAUCCCCGAGUCCUGAGGGGUACAUACUCGACUUGUGCAAUUUAUGG